CGCGCACGCCGGGAACCCGUCUCCGCGGCUGCUUCGGCUGCGGCGGUCGGUAGUCGCGAUGGACUCUCCGUGGAAUGAGCUGACCCUUGCCUUUUCUCGCACUUCCAUGUUCCCCUUUUUUGAUAUCGCCCACUACCUGGUGUCGGUGAUGGCGUUGAAGCAUCAGCCGGGAGCAGCAGCGCUGGCAUGGAAGAAUCCUCUGUCAAGCUGGUUUACUGCUAUGCUCCACUGCUUUGGUGGAGGAAUUUUAUCCUGUGUACUGCUUGCAGAGCCUCCACUUAGGUUUCUUGCAAACAACACUAAUAUAUUACUGGCAUCUUCAAUCUGGUAUAUUGCAUUUUUUUGCCCAUAUGACCUAAUUUCCCAGGGAUACUCAUUCCUACCUGUUCAACUGUUGGCUGCGGGAAUGAAGGAAGUGACCAGAACUUGGAAAAUAGUAGGUGGAGUCACACAUGCUAAUAGCUAUUACAAAAAUGGCUGGAUAGUCAUGAUAGCUAUUGGAUGGGCCCGAGGUGCAGGUGGUAGCAUUAUCACGAAUUUUGAGCAGCUGGUAAAAGGAUGUUGGAAACCAGAAGCUGAGGAAUGGCUGAAGAUGUCCUACCCUGCCAAGGUAACCCUGCUGGGAUCAGUUAUCUUCACAUUCCAGCAAACCAAGCAUUUGGCAAUUACAAAGCAUAAUCUUAUGUUCCUCUUUACUGUGUUUCUUGUGGCCACGAAGAUAACCAUGAUGAUUACAGAGACUGCUCUUAUGCCUUUUGCUUGUUUUGAAGAUACAUUGAGUCGGAUGCUGUUUGGCUGGCAGCAGCAGUUUUCACCAUUUGAAAAGAAAAGUGAAACAAAAUCAUCUUUCAAUGGUACUGGUUCAUCUACCUCAAAACCUGUAGCUAACGCUUCAGAUAAAGUUAAAAAGAAACAUAGUAAGAAGACUGAGUAAAUUCACUCGAUGAGCUUUAGAAAGCAAAAAAUUUUCUUUUUCUUAUCUACCUGUGAGAUUGUGAUAAAUAUUUCUUGUAAAUGAUGUAAAUAAAGAUUAUAAGGAUUGGAGGUGACAAAAAGAAAGAACUUUCUGUUUCAGGGAGACUGUCCCUUCCUGGAUUGUAAUUUCCUGAGUGUUAUGAGUAUAUCAUGUGAAAUUGUUUUUCUAAGUUAUAUAUAAAAGAUUCUAUUGUGAUUUUUAAAAGUUUUAUAUGGAUAAAACAAGGCUGGAUUUUUAAAAA